AAAUAAUUAUACUAGAUAAUCUUCCUUUUUUUAAUCAAACCAUUCAAUUACUAUAAAAAAAAAAAAAAAAAUCAAAGUCCUAUUUGUUUUUUGGUAAAUAAGGAAAUAAAUAUUUCUUGGUAUCGAUAUCAGGAUAUCAUACCUAUUCUGAUUAAUUUAUAAAAGUUUAUUAGUAAAAGUAUACUCUUUGGUAUAUAAAAAAGAAUUAGCAGUAAUUUUUUGGUUGUAUGUUGUUGAACAAUGGCUAAGACAAAUGAAAUUUUUGAAGAAGAAUUGAGGGUUGAAGAAUGCAAUGGAAAAUCCUCCUCCAAAAUUGGAUCCUUUUGUUCUUCUCCAUAUGUGGUUUGUAUCGCACAAAAGUUAAUGGCUGAGGCGAUGGGUACAUACUUCAUAAUAUUUGCUGGUUGUGGCUCUGUGGUGGUGAAUAAUUUAUACGAUGACAUAGUCACAUUUCCUGGAAUAUGUGUGACAUGGGGUCUUAUUGUUAUGGUCAUGGUUUACUCUCUUGGCCAUAUUUCCGGUGCUCACUUUAACCCUGCUGUCACUCUUACUUUUUCCAUAUUUCGCCACUUCCCUUACAAGGAGGUACCUCUUUACAUGAUUGCACAAAUAUUUGGAUCACUAUUGGCUAGUGGCACAUUAUGCGUCAUGUUCGAUGUUACUCCCAAGGCGUUCUUUGGGACAGUUCCUUCAGGCUCAAAUGCACAAUCUUUUGCAAUGGAAAUCAUCAUCUCCUUCUUGUUGAUGUUCGUCAUCUCAGGAGUUGCAACAGAUUCUAGAGCAAUUGGAGAAAUGGCUGGAAUCGCGGUUGGAAUGACUAUAGUGUUGAAUGUUUUUGUUGCGGGGCCUAUUUCGGGUGCGUCAAUGAACCCAGCUAGAAGCCUUGGACCUGCAGUUAUGACUCAAAACUUCAAAGGACUAUGGGUGUACUUAAUAGGGCCACCAAUUGGGACUAUUGCUGGAGGAUUUGCCUAUAAUCUUAUCAGGUUCACCGACAAACCCCUUAAAGAGAUAGCAAUUAAAAGUUCAACGUUCCUCAGAAACCCAUCGUCAAUAAGGAAAUGAAGGCUUUGAUUUACCUUUUAGAAUAGCUUUACAUGAUAUUUGGUCCUUUUUUAGACAAAUUUGUUUUGUAUUAUCAAUCCUUAACGAAGGCUACCUAGGAGAUUGUGUGGUUGA